AUGUCUUCUAAACAGUCUAAAGAGAGCUACGACCUCUUCCGAUGGGAGGAUCACAACAAUUUAAACCACCAUUGUGGGAGAUGUCAAAAACCACUGUCUCGUGACAACGCCAGAGUUGUCUGCUUUGGACACCAUGUGGAGCCCUGUAGCCGAUUUCAUCAGGUCAUGUUCCUACUGGGCCGCACCAGAUCUUGUACGUACUGCAAAGAUAUUGACGAGGAUCAUCAUCAGAAACACCUCGGUAUUGCAGGAAAGCUACGCCAGAUCUAUGAGAUGCUCGGGCUCGACACCUUCAUCAUCCCACCAGACGUGGUUCAAGCCCAACAAAGGAGACCCUCCGGAGAGACUCGAGAACAAGAAGAUGACAAACCAACCGAUAAAACCAAAGGUCUAAGUCUUCGACCAACAAAGAAGGAAAGAAAGGAAAUCAAGAAGCGUGAGAAGGCGGCAUUGCGGCCAAAAGUGGUCACGCAAGACGAGAUUGAAUACCUUGGUGUGGUUCUGCAUGGCACUGCUGAUGGGCCUGUUUGCCUCAACGAUCCUACAAGCCCUGGGGAGGCUGAUGACAUGGAGAAACUGCUGGCGGAAAAGGCCAAGGCUUACAACGAGUCUGGUCGAAGAGGCUCUAGGAGAUUAUCGGACGCAGUUCUCACCGGAGCAUUCGACUUUGGUGUCGAAGUUGAACGAAUUUUGGGCGACCUUAAACUUCCGAACGGUCGGCCAAAGAACAAGGGCCACAGUGGAAAGGAGCAAAAGGCUUUCGAUGAGGAGAUUUUGAACCUCAAGGAGGCCAUAGUAGAUGACCUGUUAUACUUGAAAGGAGUCCAGUUGCAUACAAGCAUGCGACGAGCCGCUUUUCUCAGGUAUACGAAUCGUACGAGCAACGACAUAAUCUCCGCGCGCCACGAGGACUGGGACUGGAAGACUGGAGAGAGAAGGGAGCGACCGCUUGCAAAGAGCAAGAAAGGCAAAGAAAGGGAAGACGAGCCUUCAGGCUCCAAUGCUACGGCGGAUAAUGAGCUCGACACGGCAUAUGAUUCAGAUACUCAAACGGAUGCAGAUGAUUCUAGAAUGUUGAGCCCGGAUCAUCCCAGUCUUUUCGAAGGGCCUGUCGAGCCCAUAAGGAGCUCUGAGGAUGUUUUGCCUGGUCACGUUGAUCUCACCGAAGCAAAUGCAACGGAAAGCAGCCAGCCGUCGAGUUUCUCUUCGGAAGAACGAAAAUCAUCGUGUGAUGCCUCUUCGAGGUCUAGAGAGCUGCUUUCCACUCCCACUGGGUCUAGACGUUCUCGUCAGGGCAAGAACCGGAAGAAGGAACGAUCUUCUAAAGCCGGUUCAUCUGAUCUUGGUGGAAAUCCUGAUACCACAUCCUAUCGUAUGUCGUAUCAGGAACUGUCAAACGCCCAAGAAGAGAUUGCUCGCGGCCCAAUCUUGCCGCCUCCAGCUAUUAAAUUUUCUUCACUAUCACACAAGUUUCCAUCAAUCUGGGGGGCAUGGGCCGAUACGUUUGAUCCCCAAGGCCCAGCCUUCAACGAUGAGCAAGCAGGUGUUGUAGAUGGUGAAGAAGAUGAAAAUGACGAUUCCUCAGACUCAACAAUCAAGCCCGAUGAAGACGACAGUUCUUCAGCCUCAACGAUCAAGCCCGAUGAUGAUGCCACUACACCGGCCACAACCAAUCGUACACAGGGUGAUACGGACUUUAUGUACUACGUGACAUAUCCAUCAAAGCAAAACCGUUGGAAAUUAGGGCCAUUCACUCGGGAGCAGGCAAUUCACCACGUCGUGGUGGUGGAAGAAAAACAGCAGCGCAUCGGCGAACGGCUUAUGUACAUUGACCGAGACUUGUAUCAUUGGCUGGAGCACGGCGAUAAAACGGUGUUUCCCCGUCUAAAUUGGGAAGUGGAUCAUGUGGAGUUAGACAACCGACAUCCCGAUCUGCUCGUGGUGCAGAUCGAGGAGUAUCAACAUCGUCGCGGUUUCAACGAUAAAUGCUUCAGUUACGUUCCCACUAAGACUGAAGUCGAGUUGAUUCUCGAGAAGGAUGCCGCUGAGCGGCUUGCCUUUAAAGAGCUCGCUUCUCAAAAGCCGAACAUGUGUACAUGCGAGACACCGAUUCCAUUUAAAUAUCUGACAUGGGAGGACACGAUUGACGAGGAUGCUGCACGCUUGGAUUGCAAUCUAAAAGAAUGCAUGAACAAGAACUGCGUGGGCAAGUUCUUCCAUUUGCAUUGUGUAGAGGACGUCCCUUCUGAAGAAGGUUCUCCUUGGUUAUGCCCUCCGUGUCGUCGUGUGGAAAGCGAAGAGGAAGUUGAAUCGGCGUCCGACGAGUUCGUCGUCUAAUCGUUCAUCACUACAGCCAAGUUCUUGAAAAUAUGUUGCGGAAGGGAUCGUGGAAACACUAUGCUAUAGGUUCUGCGUUGCGAUGGUCAAUUUAUGUAUAGAUAAAUUUCAAGUAAUUAAACGGAUUUUAU